GUCUCCGCCCCCUCCACCCAGAUUCCUCCGCGCCUCCAUGGACGACCUCGAGCAGGCCAUCCUGCUCGCCUCCGACUCCCCCGCCGCGGCCUCCGCCUCCCCGGCCGUCCGCGAGGAGGCGCUCGCCUUCUGCGCCCGCGCCCGCGACGAGUCCCCGCCCUCCUCGCUCCUCCGCCUCUGCCUCUCCGGCCUCGCCUCCUCGCCCCACGCGCACGUCCACUUCUGGUGCCUCCAGUCCCUCCACGACGCGCUCAUCCGCCGCCGCAUCGCCCUCCCCGACGACCUCGCCCUCCUCCGCUCCUCCCUCCUCUCCCUCGCCUCCGCCUCCAACGCCGCCUCCCCGCCCUUCCUCCGCAACAAGCUCGCCCAGCUCGUCGCCCUCCUCGUCCGCCUCGAUUACCCGCAUGUCUACCCCUCCUACUUCCUCGACCUCCUCCCGCCCUCGCCGCCGCAGCCGGGCCCCACCGACAUGUUCGCCCGCGUCCUCAUCUCCCUCGACGAUGACCUGCUCUCCCAGGACUACCCUCGCAACGCCGACGAGACCGCCGACGCCUGCAGGGUCAAGGACGCCAUGCGAGCGCAGUGCGUGCCCCAGAUCGCCCGCCACUGGCACGACGCUGCCGCCACUCUUGGUGCGGUCGACCCUCCCACUGCCGCCGUAGCCCUUGAUGCGGCGCGCAGGUGCAUCUCCUGGAUCGAUGUUGCGCUGGUCGCCAAUGAUGUCUUUGUUCCUCUUCUGUUUGACAUUGCCCUGUCCCCUGCAAGUGCUGCCCCUCUUGCUGCAGCGGCGGUGGGGUGUCUCUCUGCAGUGGCUGCAAAGAGGAUGGAUGCAAGGGCCAAGGUGGCGUUGCUCAGGUCACUCCUCUCUGCACAGCAGGGGCUUGGUAGCCCAGACAGUGGGUUAAAGAUGGCAUCUUUGGUGACUACUUAUGCCGUGGAGGCUCUUGCGUGUUAUCGCAAGCUUGGCCCUAGCGACUCCGAUGGAGCCGCGGCUUUGGAAAUGCUCGAAGAGGUGCUACCGGCUGUAUUUUCGGCGGCAGAGAGCUGCUAUGAGGAGGAUGUUGAUUCUGGUUCCGUGCUCGAGUUCUUAGCUGGCUAUGUCAGUACGAUGAAGGCCCCAUCUGAGAAGCAGCUGGGGCACUUGGGACGGAUCUUAGAGGUGGUGCGGCAGCAAAUGACGUAUGAUCCAGUUUACAGGGGGCAUCUUGAUGUGCUCGACAAGAUCGGGAAGGAGGAGGAGGACAUGAUGUCGGAGCAACGGAAGGAUUUAGUGGCAUUGUUCCGGAACAUUUGUCGGGUAGCGCCAGCUGCCACGCAGCAGUUCAUAAAGGGGUUGAUUGUGUCAGCGCUCCAAUCUGCAGAAGCUACCGUCGAGGAUGUUGAGGUCACUCUUACUCUGUUGUACCGGCUCGGGGAAGCAGUCAGUGAGGAAGAGAUCCGUACUGGAUCUGGGCUGCUCGGGGAGCUUGUGCCCAUGCUCCUUUCUGCGAGAUUCUCGUGCCACUCACACCGCUUAGUUGCAUUGGUGUAUCUUGAGACAGUUACACGCUACAUCAAGUUCAUGCAAGAGAAUGUACAGUAUGUGCCACACCUUCUUGCCGCGUUCUUGGACGAGCGUGGCAUACACCAUCAGAAUUCCCAUGUGAGCCGCCGUGCGGGAUACUUGUUCAUGAAAGCUGUCAAGUUGUUGAAGGCAAAGCUAGUGCCUUACUUGGAUACCAUUUUGCAGAGCUUGGAAGAUGUCCUAGGACAAUUCACUUCUAUGGACUGGGCAAAUAAAGAGGCAAAGCUCUCCAGCUCAGAGGAUGGGAGCCAAAUUUUUGAGGCUGUUGGGUUGUUGAUUGGUAUUGAAGAGGUAUCACCAGAGAAGCAGGUUCAGUGCUUGACAGCUUUGCUGCAUCCUCUCUGUCAUCAGAUCGAGUCGCUUGUAGUGGGUGCCAAAGCACAAGGACUCGAAGAAUCAUCUCCGAGAGUGACGAGUCUUCUACAGAUUGUUGUUGCAUUGAAUAUGGUUACCAAGGGCUUUAAUGAACGCCUCGUGAUGGUAACUAGGCCAACAAUUGGUGUCAUGUUAAAAAAGACCCUUGAUGUUGUUCUACAACUCCUUGUUUCAUUUCCUAAUGUGAGGUCCCUGCGAUCAAAGGUCAUAUCCUUUCUGCACCGCAUGAUUGAGAUAUUAGGAAUCUCGGUGCUUCCAUGUAUUCCGAUCGCACUAAGACAAUUGCUGGUUCAUAAUGAGGCAAAAGAUAUGGUGGAUUUCCUUGUAUUGUUAAACCAAAUAAUAUGCAAGUUUAAUUCUUCAGCAAGUGGCAUACUGGAGGAUGUCUUUCCUACUAUUGCAAGUCGUUUGUCUGUGAUACUGUCACAGGAUGCCUUUUCUACUGGUCCAGCAGGCAAUACCGAGGAAAUGCGUGAACUGCAAGAUCUGCAGAGGACAUUAUACACAUUCCUCCAUGGGAUGGUUACACAUGAUCUGUCUACAAUUCUCCUUGCUCCUACCUGUAGGCAGUAUUUGGAAACCAUAAUGCAGUUACUUUUGUUUACUUCCUGCAGUCAUAAAGAUAUACUGCUCCGGAAGGCUUGUGUGCAGAUUUUUGUCAAACUUAUAAAAGACUGGUGCACUACAUCCAAAGCUGAUGAUAAGCUUCCUGGCUUCCGAGUAUUCAUGAUUGAGAAGUUUGCUACUGGUUGCUGUUUACACAGUGUCCUUGAAAGAUCAUUUGAUCUACGUGAUGCAAAUACGCUCGUUGUCUUUGGUGAAAUUGUGAUGGCUCAGAAGGUUAUGUAUGAAAGAUUCGGGGAGGACUUCAUUGUAAAUUUUGUAGCAAAAGCUCUUCCAGAAGCUCACUGCCCGCCAGAGCUUGCUGAACAGUAUUACCAAAAGAUACAGGGAAAUGAUAUAAAGGCAUUCAGGUCAUUUUAUCAAUCACUUAUCGAGAAAAUAAGACAGCAGCAGAAUGGGAGUCUUGUAUUCAGAUAGCAUCAUUCGAUUGAUUUUCAAUCUGUUUGCCAGGAGACUCCUCAGCUAUAUGAUUUGAGUAUAGGGUAGCUGUAUCGGUGGUGUAUAUAAAGCUACCAUUUCUGAGAUUAGAAGAUGUAUACCGCGGGAACAUUUUUACAGACUAUAUGGCUGCCGUGGCGAAGUUGACUGUUCGCCGCAUGUCAUCGGAUGAAGAGAAGUAUAACCCAAGAGUUCCUCAUGAGAAAAAAAAAUACAGGGUUCCAUUUGUUCGUUUGGAGAUUUCUCCCAAAAGUGAAGUGAUUGUUUGUUCCCCUACCCGGGCUUGAAUUUUUUUAAGGCAAUCUGAGUGAGCUAAAUAGCCGGGAUAGAAAGCGCGCGCGUGUGUGGGCCGUGUUUUUCCUGACAUGAAGUUGUCGCACCGCCUGUUGUCGUGUACCAAAUUUUGUCGAGCUGCUGCCGUGGUUGGUUUCCACCCCCAUUUAGUUAGCUGGGGAUGCUGUACAGACUCUAUGCUGGUGGUGCGUAAGGUUUGGGCUUCUCGAAGCUUGCAAGUUUAAAGUUCUACUUGCUUUUUCCCA